AUGCAAAGUACUUAAAAUUAAGAAGAAUAGAUAUAAAUCGACUAAAUUCCAGAGCCCAAAAAAUAUGAAUUUAAGUAUUUUUCUAUCUUAGAAAAAGAGGUUUGGUGUCCAUAAGAAUUAAGUGGGUUUAAAGUUAUAACAAUAAUUAAAUGUAAAUGGUGGAGACGUAUUUUCUUUAAGAUACGAUUAAGAUGAUCAAUAUCUUGCUGUUGGGAUGUCAGAAGGAUUAAUUCAUCUUUAUAAUUAGAGUAUAUAGAUGAUUUAAAAAUAAUAGAUAAACAUACACAUACAUUGGAGUAAUUCUAAACACCAGUAACUGCUUUACGAUGGAGGCCAAAUUAUGGUCUUAAGGCUAAAGGAAUAUUGGUAUCAGCAAAUGCAGAAGGACAUAUUAUACAUUGGCAUGCACAUUCAGGAAAAUAAUUACACAAAAUUGUAGAAGAGAAUAACAGUGUUUUAUGUUUGGACUUUAAUUUUGAUGGUAGUUUAUUUGCCACAGGAGGAAAAGAUUUCUGUAUUAGAAUUUAUGAUGAUGAUAUAAAAAGUGUAUAGCAUCAAUAUUAAUAAGCUGAUUGGUAUCUUUUAUUAAAAUAAUUAGGGGAUAGAGAGGCCAUGCCAAUAGAGUAUUUGUAGUAAAGUUUAUACCAGAUUAACCAAAUAUACUAAUAUCUGGGGGUUGGGAUGCCAAUGUUUUAAUUUGGGAUAUAAGAGAGAAGUAAUGUGUAGGUCAAUUUUAUGGGCCAUCUCUAUCAGGAGACUCACUUGAUUUUUCAGUGAAAAGAUAAUAGAUUUUAACUGGGUCACAUAGAACAGAAAAUUAAGUAUAAUUAUGGGAUUGGAGAACAAGAAAACUUUAUUAAGAAAUAUUUUGGACCGGAUCUUAAUCUGAUGAAAAUAGAUCAUAUUAUAUAUAUGCAACUUAGUUUAAGUAAUUGUUUAAUUUAAAUUUAGCAAAGCAAAUGAGGACUAUAUUUAUGCUGGCAGUUCAGGGGUUCAUGAAAUAAAACUUUUUAGUUUGAAAGAUGGUCAAGCCAAGGCUUCUAUUUUGGGAUUACCAAAAGGUAUACUUAGUAUUGAUUAAAUGAAUACAACUGAUUCAAUCAUAUUUAGUGGUAUGGAAGGUGUUGUUAACAUAUUUAAGGCAUGAAUUAAAAUAAAUAAUUAUUAUGUUAAGGCAUUUAAUCAAAAACAAUUUUUCAAAACUUUCAAAAGGUCUUAUAUUCGAAAAUAAAAAAGGGAGCAAGUUAAUAUUCUCCAAAACUAUUCCUGAAAAAGACAUGCUGAAAAAAGCAAAGAAUCCGGAAUAGUUUUUAAAAAUUGAAACGAGAUUAUAGCUCUUAUUUGAUUAAUAUAAAACAGAAAAAGUAUUGUAAUACGAUUUAUUAAUAUUAAAGCAAUCAAGUAAAUUUCGAUAAUUUUCUUUAAAUUAAAGAAGAAUUUCUUAAGUAAGAAUUUGAAAAAAAUAUAUUUUUCUCCUUUGUCAACACAAAAUUCUAAAAAGAAAAUCACCCUAAAUAUUUUUAUUUUUAAUGUUAAAUGAUUAAUGAAUUUUUAGAACGUUAUGAUAAAGAAAUAACAGAAAAAGAGAUUUAUGCACUAUUAAAUGCUAUAUAAAAUGGGUUAUUUUAUGUUGAGGAUUAAUAUUUUUUAAAAAUAAAAAAAGUAAUUUUUACAGAAGAAGAGGAAUAAUUUAUAUUAGAUAUCUAUAAUAAAUUAUGUGGGAAAUUAAGCAUAAAUUUAUCAAAUGAUAAAUAAAUUAAAGCUCUUUGUUAAUUAAUGAAAUAUAUCAAGAGAUAUAGUACUUCUAUAUUAGAUUAGAUAAAUUAACAAUUAUUAGCUUCCAUAGAUAAAUAAAUUAGUUUAGAAUAAAAAUUAUAUUACACUUUAUUUUUAGUAAAAGCAGGAAUCAAUUAUUUUCCUUAGAUAAUUUAUUAAGUAAAUUUUUUAAUUAAUUUAGUUAAGAGAUGAGGUUCUUGAAAAUGAGAAAAUUUUAAAAUUACCAGGUUCAACUUUAUUUGAAUUAUUUGAAAUUUUUGGCAGAUGUAGUAGAGUAACACUAUGUUCAUCUGCAACUUAUAAAUUAUUUACAACAAUAAUCUAAACAAAAAAUUAUUCAUAAUUAACUAUAACUUAAUAAGUACUUUUACUUUAUUAUGGAUCUAAAACAUUAACUAUCUAACAUAGCACAUUAAAACCUCUAAUUGAAUAAAAAUUAUCUGAAUUAGAUUCAUUAAAAGGAAUAAAUUUUAAAAUAUUUCUAUUGACUUUAUACAAUACUAAUUACAAAAGUUUGGGUUCUCUAAAAAAUUUAGAGAAAAUAAAAAUAAGAUUCUCAGAGAUUGAAUAAACUGCUCGUUUUUCAAAAGAGGAAUUAAAAUUUUUUAAUGAUUUAAUGUAUUGUUUAUGA